AUGGCCUUAAUUCAUAAUCAAAAUGACAUUUAAAAUAUGUUUAGUAAGGCUGGUAAAAUUACUUCAGAGAAAUACAUAAUUUUUUAAAGAAAAGAAGAGAUUAUUAACAAUAGACCAAGAUAUUUUAAAGGGAAAUCUUAAUCAAUAGCAUCUCCAGAAGAAGUGAAUUAACAAACUGAUAAUAAAAAAAUGCCAGAAAUAUAAAACAAAAAAUAAGAAUAAAUAACAGAAGCAGAAUAGAUAUAAAGGAAAAAUUAAGUAAAGCUUUCAUAACCAUUUUCAAAACAACUGUCAAGAUAAGUAGGUCAUUACACAAAACUUAGUAAAGACAGUAAACCUUCUUGUGGAUAAUAUCAUGUUAAAUACAAUGAAUUGGAUAAGUAUUUAUUGAAAUAAUGAUUAAAAAGAGCAAUUAACUCAAUUCAUGAUUAUGAUAAAUCUCUUAAACAAACUAUACCUCUUGAAGUACCAGGAAAACAUGGAGAAUCUGAGAAUAUGGAGUAAGUAAUUAAGUUAUAUAUUUAUAGUAAGCCAAUAGUAGAUAGGCCUAGAUUUACUAGAGCAUGCUUUAUUGAUUUAAUUAGAUAAACACCAAGGUAUAAAUUUAAAAUAUAUAAUUAGACCUGAUAUAUUUUUUGGCAGACCCACUCCACAUCCUGAUAGAUUUAGAUAUUUAAAUAUAACAGAUUCUUGGAGCAAGAUUCCUAGAACUCCAUCAGUCUAAUUAGAAAAAUAAUUAUCAAGAGAUUAAAUGAUUAUUUAUAAAAAGAAAUAAUUCGCCCCAGAUUAUCAACCAAAUUUUGAAUUCGGUAAAAAGUAUAAGAAUAAAUUAAUAAAUAGAUAAUUAGGUAGUUGUGGAGCUCCAUUUGAUAAAUUAGAAUAAAGAAAAGAUAUAAUGACUAAAAUUCCACCUUAUAAUCAUGAAGCUUAUUUUGAAUUUGAUGUUUAUUCGAAAGAUCCAAAUAGUAAACUAUUUAGAAAUCCUACAGCACCAAAUUUUAAAAAUAUGUUAGAUAGAGAAUGUGAUGGAAAAUCUCUUUUACCAAGUUUUAUGUAGGUAAUUAUAAUUUUAAAAUCAUAAGAAAUAUUCUAAUACUCGUAUGGGUAUUACACAUUUACAUUAAAAAAUGUUGGAAGUCAACAAUUUUAGAGAUGGUAGAUUUCAAACAGUUACUUCUAGUUUCUUACCCAGUAAAGCAUUCAAAAAAAGACAAUAAUUAGAUGAAUCAAGUGAAGAAAUAGAACAGAUGGAAGAAUAAUGA